ACAGCUGUCUCUGAUACACUCAUCAGCAUGAUGGAUAGAGACGAGACGGGUGACAACAGUGAUCCUUUCAGACAACUCCGCUAUCUCCCCCCUCCCCAGACAAACCAGUACCACCAGACCAGCCAGCAUCUAUUCCACCCCCAACCUAUAAGACCCACUGUUGGUCCAGCUUGUCUAAGGCAGAGCACAGACCCCAAUGGAGCAAUAGAUUCUUUCUCCCUUCGUGAAAGCUUGUUCGGACAGGCAGAGUUGAGCCCCGGCGGUAGACAUCUCACCACUAUCGAGGGCCAGUAUCUUCAGAGACCCGCGCCUCGCUUUCCAGACGAGUAUGUGAAUUGGCGUUUUGGAGACCCCAUUCCCUCAGGCUGGAGAGUCACUGUAACGCCUCGCGUCGUGAACAGCCCUCGUCCUGAGCAGUAUCGUAUCCUAGUGCCCGAUACUGAAGCUCUUGAGUCCUAUGAGCGUCGUCGGGAUCUCUCCCCAUCUUCCUUGUUGUGUCCACAGCCGGAUCGCACUGUGAUAGAACAUGCAGUGAUCCUACACCACAUGAGGAAUUCCGAGCUAGAACCUAUCACGGUUGAGAACCCCAAAGUAGUAUCUAGACCGGGUAGUGCUCAUGAGGACACUCUUAUGGAUAUCGAUGAUCCUCACGAGCAGAGCACUCCUGAAGAGACAACCGUCCCAGGGACCACCAAUGAACCGGGUGACAUGUUCCCGUUUCCUACGCCCCUAAUGGGGAAGGAAGUGAUACUUUGUGAGUUCGAGGAGUUAGCCACACAUACGGCGAAAUGUGACAUAUGUAACAAUCGCAAUUCUUCCGGAAUGUCUCGCUGUCUGACCUGCGGCUGGCAGACUUGCAACUCGUGCACAAUUGCUCGAGGUUAUUUUCGCACUCACCACGUCAACGGCAAUAUUCACACUGGUCCCACGAGCCAGAACGAUCUAGACGCUGCUGCUGAAGAACUCUUGAAAACGAAGAAGAAGGGCAGUUCGCCUAAGAAGAAAGGCUCUAGGAAUACCAGAAAAUCUAAGAAAGGUCGUGCGACAAAAAGCAAAACUCCGAAGAAGGCCCCAAGAACGCCUUCGAAGUCCUCACUUAUGUCCAACAAGGCCGAACCUGACCAGGAGGUUUCCACAGAGGAGGUUAGUGGUUCUGAAAACCGUAAGAGACAAAGUAAUGAGGAUUCAUGGGACGUAGAUUCUAUUCUUGAUGAUGACGCUACAGAGUAUCUGCCGGAGGAAGGCCAGCUCGAGGAGGAAAAGGCUAUUAGUUGGAGUCCUUUGCAUGCCCCGUUGAGUCAGGUUAGUUUGCACAGUCGGGAUCUCCGGCAAGUCCAACGAGCACAUGAGACACGACGCCAGAAGAAGUUCAGCGACAGGAAGGUUGAAACUACGAAGGAAGCUGAUGCUGACCCGAUUACGACCAAAUCGAAAGCCUCGGGACAGCAGACUAAAGCCCAGGCUUACUGUCGGAAGCAGCCAGGGAGAUACUCUCGUUUGUGA